UGCGUGAAUCUGAGGGUCACAUGGUACUCCACCAAACUGAAUGGGUCAAUAAAUGUUUUAGGAGGUGAAGAUAGCGCAACAGAGAAAAUUUGGAUAGCUUGCACCAGAAAUCUCCACAACACCGAAGAAUAAGGACGCGAGAAAGUUUUGAGUGCAGAGAAGCACCAUGAGCUGGAGCUUUCUGACACGGCUGCUGGAGGAGAUCUCCAACCACUCCACCUUCGUGGGGAAGAUCUGGCUCACCCUGCUCAUCGUGUUCCGGAUUGUGCUCACAGUUGUGGGCGGGGAGUCCAUAUACUACGAUGAACAGAGCAAGUUUGUAUGCAACACGCAGCAGCCCGGGUGCGAGAACGUGUGCUACGACGCCUUCGCGCCGCUCUCGCAUGUCCGCUUCUGGGUCUUCCAGAUCAUCAUGAUCACCACGCCCACCAUCAUGUACCUGGGCUUCGCCAUGCACAAGAUCGCCCGCAUGGAGGACGUCGAGUACCGGCCCCGGGGCCGGAAGCAGGCCCCCGCCGUCCACCGCGGCCCCGGCCGGGAGUAUGAGGAGGCGGAGGACAACGGCGAGGAGGACCCCAUGAUCUCGGAGGAGAUCGAGGCGGAGGCGAAGGAGAAGGCGGACGCGCCGGGCAAGAAGCACGACGGGCGGCGGCGCAUCAAGAGGGACGGCCUGAUGAAGGUGUACGUGCUGCAGCUGCUGUCGCGCAUUGCCUUCGAGGUGGCCUUCCUCUUCGGCCAGUACGUCAUGUACGGCUUCGAGGUGGCGCCCUCCUAUGUGUGCAGACGGAGCCCCUGCCCGCACACGGUGGACUGCUUUGUCUCCAGGCCCACGGAGAAGACCAUCUUCCUCAUCAUCAUGUACGUGGUCAGCCUCCUCUGCCUGUCCCUCACCGUCCUGGAGAUCCUGCAUUUGGGCAUCAGCGGGAUACGCGACUCCUUCCGGAGCCGGUCCUCCCGCCACCUGGUCCUCACCAGCCCCCGGCCCUCGGUGUGCCGCCAGCUGGCCAGCGCCCCGCCCGGGUACCACGCCGCCGUGAAGAAGGGCUCGGCGGGGAAGCUCAAGCCCGAGUUCGGGGACAACCUGGGCGACUCGGGCCGGCACUCGUUCGGGGACGAGAUGUCGCCCCGGGAGCUGGACCACCUGCGCCGGCACCUGAAGCUGGCGCAGCAGCACCUGGACCUGGCCUACCAGAACGAGGAGGGCAGCCCGACCCGCAGCAGCAGCCCCGAGUCCAACGGCACCGCCGCCGAGCAGAACCGGCUCAACUUUGCCCAAGAGAAACAGGGCGGGACUUGCGAUAAAGGUAGACCACAUUCACAGAUAAUCGGAAGCUUACAUUGUGAGUGCAAGUGUGAUUGUACUGACAGUAAUUCUCUCUCCCCCACAGGGAUUCCAGCCUGAGUCAUUUCUCACACUUGUGUUAGGAGUUUGCUGCUCCAUCUACUGAACUGCCAAGGGGAAGGAUGUGGAAGUGUUAGACAUCUGAGGAGAGUGAACCGUGUUUGUGUUUGUGUGUGUGUGUGUGUGUGUGUGUGUGUGUGUGUGUUAGGAACAGAGAGUGUGAGAGAGAAUGAGUGUGUGUGUUUGUGGUGGGGGAAAGUGCCGCACAGUAUAAAGGUCAGUGCAAAAAGCAGGAUCCUCUUAAAGCACACUGGUCUCAAUCUUCAACUCGCACAUCUGAGACUGUGUCCACUGUGUGUGCUCUGUUCCUGCCAGUAAAGACUGUACUGCUGUCUUUGGGGUUGAAUUGGAAGGGCAGGAGGGCCCCCUCGUUUCCCCUCUCUCCCCUCUGAAUACAGAAUUGGUUCAUCUCAGCAAAGCCUUAAAUCUGUUUACAUUUCAGGACCAUUCCAAGAAGGCUCAUCUGGUGUUGAACCUCUUAGUUCGUAAGGUCUUACUUUUAGGUGCUUGGUGAACCACAAUGGAAGUGAAUGCCCGUGUAGCUGUGAAAACUGACACUGGUUUGGACUCUUUAGAUUUUUGUGAGGGGUGGGGGGGUGCGCCUUUAUAAUAAGGGGACUCAGCUCUGGUAAUGCUGGUGUUGUGGAUGGAUAAGAUCAUUCCCAGUAGGUCACAGCUGACUCCUGUAUAGGCGUAAUAUUUAGCACAGCAGUGUACUGCACAAUAUAAAACCUCUGAGAAGUGAAAAGUAACUGCACAAUUCUUAACCAAAACUCCUCAGUUUGAUUAAUUGAACAGCCUUGUUGGUGCUUUGGUCCAAAUUAACAACCUGGGAAAAGCUUGAAUCUUUGUGAACCUUAAAUGGUCUUCCAUACUGUUUCACAUUAUUUUGAUUUUUUUCUGUCUUUGUAUGUUGUCUUUGAGAUUAAAUUGAUAAUUUGCAUUCAUUUUCUUUAUUCAUAUAAACUCAUGCUUUUUGGGCACAGUUUUGAAAGAGUUACUGCUGUACUCUGACCUUCGAUAUUUUAUGCUGAAUGUCUGGCUAACUUGACUGGAAUCUUUUUAUUUGUCAGUGUUAGUAGGGAAGGUUAGUGUUUGGCAUUUGACUUUAAACAAUCAUUUUGAGGCAAAUGUACAAGUUUAUUAUUGAACUGUUCAGUUGUCUUAAACACUUUGAGGAUCUAUCUAUCCUGGGAAAGCAUUUUGAAUAUCGGGACAAAUGGGUUUCUGAAAGAACCUGAAAUUAAAAUGCUGGAGCACUAUCAUUUGUGUGUUUUCAUUUUACCACAUUCACAUUAAAUACUGGUUCUUCAAAAAUAAUGAUUUUGUUGGAUAUCAUGUGCAUUGCUUUGGUUUGCAGUUUGCAAAUCUAAACGUCUAAGCAGCAUUAAAUUAGACCUGUUCAGUUAAAUGCCGUGAGAAGACCAGAUUCCGUGUAUGAAAUGCAGUAGCUAGGUUACAUUCCUGUACAGUAGCUAUAUCAGUUUAUAGUAUUAGAUUCCGUGACUCAAUGGAAAGGUCUUCGAACAGCAAAGAGAUUAGAUUUUGAACUGACUGUGACGCCACAGUGCAUAACGACAGGAUGCUCGCAUUGUCACUAAAUGUUUUGUUAAUGUUAUGCCGUAAACUGGACAGAGCUCUUGCCAUCUAUUUAUAUCUGUCUCUUGUCGUUUUUUAUCAUGCAGAUGGCAGGCCAAUGUGGAAUAUUUCGGUACCAUGCAUUUUCUAUCCUGUGUGUUUUUUUGUAUUAUUUUGUAUCAAAUUAUCAAUAGUGGUUUUAUUUUUUCAGCAUUCCUCAGAAUAAAGAUUGCAUUUGUAAACUG